AGUUUUUCAGUUACAGCAGGUGGAGGAGAGCACUCUUUCCCACACACUCGGAGCGCUUCAUGUUAGAGCUUCGUCUCCCAGGCACUCUGUUCUCCUGACUCCCAGAAGCUCCUCGCUGCUGCUUCACAGGCCUGCCAGGUCGGACGACAACACUGAAGCGUUCUGCACGAGAGCCGAAGAACAAACACCGGUCUAAAGAGCAGGAUGCAGCGUAUCAGGGAAAGCAUUCACAUACGCACCAUGAAGGCAAAGAGGAAAGUUGAGGAGAUCUCCAAAGAGGACGUCCAGGCUUUCCUCAAGAAGAAUGCCUUUGUGCUCUUUACCGUUGGGGCCGUUAUUGUGGGUAUUGUUCUGGGAUUCGCGCUCCGGCCGUACAAGAUGACCUAUCGAGAAGUGAAGUACUUCUCUUUCCCUGGAGAGCUGCUAAUGAGAAUGCUUCAGAUGCUUGUUCUCCCCUUACUGAUCUCCAGUCUAAUAACAGGAAUGGCAGCUUUGGACAGCAAAGCAUCAGGAAAGAUGGGCAUGAGAGCCGUGAUUUACUACAUGACCACAACUUUUAUCGCAGUCUUCAUUGGUAUCAUAAUCGUCCUCAUCAUCCACCCAGGAAAAGGAUCAAAAGAGGAGUUUGGAAAGCAGCAGACGAUAGAGCAAGUCAGUCCUGCUGAUGCCUUCUUGGAUCUGAUCAGAAAUAUGUUUCCACCAAACCUGGUCCAAGCCUGCACACAGCAGUUCAAAACCAAAUAUGGAAAGCGAGCAGUCCAUGUGACAGUGACUGUGAAUGACACCCUCUUCAACUCGACCAAUGGGACCCAGGAGGUCAUGGAGAUCACCCGGGAGGAAGUGAUCCCAGUGGCGGGUCAGGUGAACGGGGUCAACGCCCUCGGGCUGGUGGUCUUCUCCAUGUGCUUUGGUCUAAUAAUUGGCAACAUGAAGGAGCAGGGCCAGCUCCUAAGGGAUUUCUUCGACAGCCUCAAUGAAGCUAUCAUGCGGCUUGUUGCUAUCAUCAUGUGGUAUGCUCCUAUUGGUAUCCUAUUCCUAAUUGCCGGAAAGAUUGUGGAGAUGGAUGAUCUGACACAGAUGGGUGGCCAGCUGGGCAUGUAUACCAUCACAGUCAUCAUUGGUUUACUGAUCCAUGCCGUUAUUAUUCUUCCCACUCUUUAUUUUGCAAUCACUCGGCAAAACCCCUUUAUCUUCAUUGCUGGGCUCCUCCAAGCUCUGGUAACAGCCCUGGGGACCUCCUCCAGCUCAGCCACCCUCCCUGUCACCUUUAAAUGUCUGGAGGAGAACAACAAAAUUGACAAGCGAAUCACACGUUUUGUGCUGCCUGUGGGUGCCACAAUCAACAUGGACGGAACAGCUCUGUAUGAGGCACUGGCGGCCAUCUUCAUUGCCCAGGUCAACAAUAUGGAGAUGAACUUUGGUCAGAUCAUCACCAUCAGUAUUACAGCAACUGCAGCCAGUAUUGGAGCUGCUGGCAUACCUCAAGCAGGCCUGGUCACCAUGGUGAUUGUACUGACCUCUGUUGGACUUCCUACUGAUGACAUCACUCUCAUCAUUGCGGUUGAUUGGUUCCUGGACCGUCUGCGUACUACAACCAAUGUUUUAGGGGAUUCAAUUGGAGCCGGCAUUGUGGAGUUCCUGUCUCGACACGAGCUCCGCAGCAAAGACGUGGAGAUGGGAAACUCAGUGCUGGAGGAGAAGGAGAGGAAGAAACCUUACAAGCUCAUCUCCCAGGAUAGUGAUUUUGAAAAUGACAAACGUGCUCACAGUGAAUCAAACAUGUAGUUCAACCCUCAACAUCUGCUACAUCUGUUAACACAUACAAACACUUACAGCAGGUUCUGUUUUGGGGAAGAGGGACCUAAUUGUGAGAUACUGUUGUCAACCAUAGUUUUAGUGUCAUUAUUUCAAACUUUGGAUUUGUUAACAUUCCUUUAUUGUCAUAAAGUGAAUUUCUUACAUUCCUCUUUCAUCCACAAUUGCAAAGAUGAGAUACUUUAAUAUAUGCAUCUGUAAUUUGUUUCAAAUAGGACUGGUAGUUUCUGUUUUGUAUGUUUACUACUAGGUUUUGAUACGUGCUGGAUGAAGGAUUUAAAAACUGAAAUGAAAGUGGUGUUUUGAAAUAAACAACAAAGCAUCUAAGGCCACUAAGUAGGAACAGACAUCGACUGCUUGGGACAAACAGUCCCAUGCAGUCAUGAGGAAAGUGACUGCAUUUGAAGAGAUUAUGUGAAGAAAUUAUAUAUUUAUAUAAUAUUAUAUAAUUAUAUAUAUUCAGACUUUUACCAUUUGUCAGUGGACAUGAAUAACUCAACUUAAAUUCAAAACUGUAUGUAUAAUGUCCCAACAUUAGCUGGUUAAUAUUGUGGUUAUUACAGGUUAUUACAGACAUUUUAUGAUUUUUGUGUUUCAGUGGCUCACACAUAUAGAAUUGCAAAUGCAUGUUUGUGUGCACAUUCACAUUUUGACUGUGUGUGACUUGCUGAAUUUUUUUACUAACAUUGCUCAUUUACUGUAGAUGAGAUAAAAGUGAAUAUGCUGGGUGAUUAAUGCAUGUUAAAAAAACAGUGUUAGUUUUUGUUUAUUAUAACUUCAGUGAAAUAAACAGAAGAAAGUC